UGUUUUCAAGUGACGUUGGGGGAGUUUUUUUUGUGCGCUUGAGAUUAUUGCCUAUAAAUAGUUCCAGAGAUUAUCAAAUAGCAGAACAUUUGAGACGAAGCAACGUGUUAAAAAUACUCGUGAUAUCACUUUGGUGCAAAUUUCUUCAUUACUUCCACACUAUCUCAAGUAAAGCGAGGCAAGAGAAGAAAGAUUCGGUGGAUUGCAUAUUAAAGAUUUUGAGGAGGUUUAUAAUAAGCACAGCACCCAAAAAUGGAUGAAGAGUUGAUGUGGAAAGGAAUCUACGAGAAACUCCAAGAGAUCAAAAAGAAUCCACCCACUGAACAUGAGUCCAAAAUUCAAGACUUGGACGGUGGAUUCUUCGAGAAGUUCGGCUCUCUGCUGCGCCAGAAGUCAAUUCACGAUGAGGAGCGGAUGGCGACGCCUCUGGCGCCUCUGCCAGAAGUGGCCGAGGAGGCGGUGGCCGUCGAGGCCAGAUUCCUCGGCGAAGAGGCUGAGAGUGACAGUGGCAACGAGACACUUCACGAUACAGACAGCGAGCCGGAGGACGCCGAAGUGAAGUCACUGGAGUUUGUGGAGGAUGCCAUUGGAUGGAAUUUGGAGGAGCUUUACGAAGAGUCUCUGUACGUGAUUCUCCACAAUAUUGGCGCAGAAAUUGAAACUAGUCAAAUAUCGCUAUUUUCCUACAUUCAAGAUGCCUUCAAGAUUUCAGAUUCCCGUCAUGAGGAACUUCUGGAAGCGGCCAAGACGAAAGAAGCUCCGGAAAUCCGACUCAAUGUUGAGGUGAUUGAAGCCAAAGAUUUAGUUCCCAAGGAUCCCAACGGACUGUCAGAUCCCUUUGUCACCAUGUACUUGGCCGCAGUGCCCACGCAUCGAUACAACACAUCUGUGAAGCCAGAAACGCUGAAUCCUCACUGGGAGGAGCAUUUUUCAUUGCCAAUCUCUGACGAUGCCAAUGAGAACAUCCUCGUGGUGGAAGUGUGGGACUUCGAUCCAGCUGAGACGGUGCGUGAGAAGAUGAAUAAGAUCUUCGACGUGAAGGGCGUUCGAGGACUCAGGAAGCUCAUGAAGGAGAUUGCCGUGACGGCUUCCAGUGGGAAGCACGAUAAUGAGUUGAUUGGCAAGGCAAAUAUCCCACUGAAGAGUAUUCCAGCAUCUGGUUUGGUGCUGUGGUACAAUUUGGACAAGAAGAAUCGCCUGAAGAGUCGUGGUCUCAUCAAGGUUCGACUGAGUUUCAGCUCGGAGAAGAACAACAAAGUCGCUGCCCAGGAGCAUCGUCAUCUGUUGAGGAUUUUGCUGCUGCACGAGCUGGAGACAUCCAAAGUGGCGCCGUACUGGUGGUCAGGGAAGUUCACAGACAAGGGCGAGUCCAUCCUCACGCAGCACACCGCGCAGAGUGGACUCACGCAGACGGACGUGUCGCUGGUGGAGUGGUCAGUGUACGCUGGCAUCCACACGGAACACCCUCUGGCAUUUAGUCUCUUCGACAAGCUCCUGGACAAGGUGAUCCGUCCCAUUCAGACUGAAUCCGUCUCAUCGGAUGAGAUCAAACUUUUCUGGGAUGCCACAAAGAAACUCCUGCCUUCGUGCUUUGCCAUCAUCAGGAAGUUGCGCAAGAAAACCGCCGGCGAUAAGAAUUGUGUGAAGACACUCAUCGAUGUGUUGAACAUCCUGGCCAAGAUUGCGAUGCUGGAACCUCCGGAAGGAACAGAUCUCUUUCCUGUGCAGCAGUACGGAUGGAUGAAGGACAAUAGCGAGAAGCCCAAUUGGGAUAUCAGAGGAGCUCUGAGGGAUGCUGUUAUAGCUGGAGCUUAUGAUUGGUUCAACACGAUCAACGAUGACACGGAGUGCCAGAAGGGAACGGAUGAGGCGAAGUUGCAGCACAUCAUCAAGCUGAUUCAGCUCAUCAGGUCGGAUCUGCAGAGAGCUAUUGAGUACUAUGACAAGAUCUUCCAGGAGACGAUGAUGUUCCACUACGCCAGGACACUUUAUGGCUUCUACGAGAGCCAAUUGGCAGAAUAUGUGGAGCCAAUUGUGGAGGAGAUCUCGAAGAAUCUCAAGAGAAUCGACAUCCCGACGCAAGACAGUGUGCAAUUGGAGACGCAUCAGGAGAUAAACAUGGGUACGACGCUCUUCGAGCUGUACUUGGUGCUGAAGAGAUUCGCCGUCCUCGGCACGGCGCUGGAUCCGGGCGAGACGAGCUACAAGAUCAAUGACUACCACAAGUGGUUCACCGCUGGUGUCACGCAUUGGCUGGAUAUUUCCGUGCUGAAGGCGCUGAUCAGGAUUGAGAAGGCAAUUGAGCUGGACUCACUGGUGCCUGUGGAUGAGAGUGUGAAGUACAGCUCAUCGGCUGUGGACACGCUGGCCAUCUUCUAUCAGAUCAAGAUCUUCUGGCAGCAACUCGCGUGGCCAGAUGUGGAGGGAUCGUACAUGUUUGUGGGCAAGAUUGUGGACGACAUCUGUCGCUGCUGCGUCUUCUAUGCGGACAAGAUGAGUGAACGUGUGGAGGGAUUGGGUGAGAUUCAGAGUGUGUACGAGAAGAAGUUCGAGGUCACGAGGGAGUGGUGCCUGGCCAUCAACAAUAUCGACUACAUUCGUCAGAGUUUGCCGCCUUUCGUGAAGGAACUGGGCGUGGAUGACAUCGUGGCGAAGCUGAGCGAUUGCCGGAGCGCCUUGGAGGCGCAAAGAUGCGCCGAAACGCUGAAGAAUGUCAUCGACAAUGCUGUGGACACGGAGAAGAACAAGAUUCUGGAACUGGUGGAGACUGUGGCCAAGAAGAUGUCACCCAUGAUGAGACGUUUCCUCGCCGAAGGGGCAGAACUUCUCCAUCAGGACUCCAAUUCACUGGAUCGCCUCAUGAUGUACUUGGAGGAGUCGCUGAAGACGCUCAACAUGGAGCUGAAUGAUGUGAACUUCGAGAGGAUUCUCGAUGCCAUCUGGACGGAGCUCUCAAAUGUCCUCUACGAUCUUGUCCAGAGCAAUCUCGAUAAGCGACGACCGCCUUCAUUCUUCUCCAACCUCAGAGAUGCGUUGCAGAUUAUGAUCCAGAGCUUCAAGGGCACCAAGAAGUGCGAAUCCUCAGAUCGCGCUGUGCUGAACAACAUCGAACAGCUGCUGGAGUUGCAUGGCUUCGAGACGGCAGAUCUCAUUCAUCAGUAUUAUCUUGAGCGACUGAAGGAGUGUCAGGUGAUCAGGGAGACUCCCUAUGGACAACUCACGGUGCGCUGUUGCUUCAAGGAUCUCGUCCUCGAGAUUGAGGUGAUGAACGCUCGAAAUUUGCGUCCAAUGGACAGCAAUGGUUCAUGUGAUCCCUUCGUGCGCAUUCAUUUUCUGCCCGAAGAGAGGUUCGUCGGGAUUGUAAAGCCGCGCACGAAUGCCCAGAACAAGACGCUUUUCCCGCUGUUCGAUGAGAAGUUUGUCAUAUCACUGUCGCCUGAGCAGAAAGCCAUGAAAAAUGCUAUCAUCCUGUUCAGUGUGAAGGACAAGGAUCUCUUUGGGAUGUCCAAUCAAUACAUCGCCGAGUCGUACUUGAGUUUCGGCGAGAUUGCCGAAAUGGGCGAAGAGCAAAUUCAUCUUCCACUCUCGAGACCCAUCAAUUUAGACACAGAUUGUAUUCGUGCCUUGGAAUAUCGGAUUGGAGAUAAGCAGGCGAAGGAGUUCUUGAAGAAACUCAGGCAGAAGAUCAACAAUCAAGCCUAAAACGGUCAUUU